UAAUUAAUUUUUCCUAAACUUUUAUUUUACCUCUACGACGAAAACUUUGGAGGUUAAAUCAGGUUAGGAUUAUAUAUAAACAUGGCAUCGAGUGAAUCAUACGAAUCAUACGAAUCAUUCGGCGCGUUCCACUUGGACGCAUCUGUAGCAACAAGUGGACUACAGCCAUAAUUACAUUAUGGUGGCGAAUAAUCAACUGCAGCAGAGACGAAUGCAUCAUUUUAUAUACUUCAUUAAUGUCAAGGACACGCAAUUUCGUUGCAUAAUUAGAAUCAAUGCCGGACGUUCCCACUUCUCUGUGAAUCGACUCGACUGCACUGUUAUUUAUUCCACCUGGCCUGAUGCAUUUACAAGUCCGUAUUGAUACGAAUCAUCUGACCAACUUGUGUCAACCUCUUGUAGAGCAAUACUUUGGCCAUCUGGUUGGUUGCCUAUCUGCAGGCUUUACUUCAUAUAAAAUAUAAAAACAGCAGCUGGCCUCACCACCACUAUACUAUCAUCACCACCAUCACCGCACCAUCACCGCUGUGUCAGGCAGAGGGUACAUCUUGCACCCCUCUUCAUUAAAUAGCUCAAGGUAUCAUCCUCUCCUUGGUUUUUAACUGGACGACGACGUAGCAUUUACAAUGAUAUUACCACUGUUGCCGGCACUAUUGGAUCAUUACAAAGAAAUAGAAAAUGGACAUGGUUUAUACUCCACUAUUUUGACCUAUAUAAAGAGCAUGCAAGUGUUCUUUGACGCACCGGAUAAAGUCAGUACAGUUCUCUAUGGAGGUUUCCUAGGCUCUAUGUACUCCUUCUUACAAUUUUUGGGAUCGCCAAUCAUAGGAGCAUUAUCUGAUAUUUACGGACGAAAACCUCUAAUGCUUUUAUGUUUAACAGGCAUUUCGCUUUCAUAUCUUUUAUGGGCUUUCUCUACAAAUUUUGGUUUAUUUGUAUUUGCAAGAUUUGUGGGAGGCAUCAGUAAAGGCAAUAUUAGUCUGUCAAUGGCUAUUAUCAGCGAUGUUACUUGCCCAAAAACAAGAGGCAAAGCAAUGGCGCUUGUAGGAAUAGCCUUCUCCAUAGGUUUUGUGGUGGGACCAAUGAUAGGGGCAUUUUUUGCUUGGAUCUCGAGUGGUAAUAGGGAAGGCACAUGGUACGUGAUACCGGCCUUAUUUGCAUUUUUCCUGGCCUUAAGUGACUUAUUUUUUGUUGCUUACUAUCUCAAAGAGAGUCUAGAAUUAAAAUAUAGAGCAACCACAUUAGCGAAAGGACUAUCUGGGGCAAUUUCAUACAUCAAUCCUAUAGAUCUUUUCCAAUUUAAUGGAGUGGCCAACUUGAAUCAGCAAGAGCAACAAGAUUUAAAAAUACUGGGUCGAGCAUAUUUUAUAUAUUUGUUUAUCUACAGUGGUUUAGAGUUUACUCUGACAUUCUUAACACACCAUACAUUUGGAUUUACAAGUAUGCAACAGGGAUGGAUGUUCCUUGGAAUGGGAUUAAUUAUGGCAAUUUUACAGGGUGGUUGGGUACGACAUAUUCCUCCAAAUAGAACAAAAGCCAUCAGUGAACUGGGUUUAUGGUUGAUAAUUCCAGCAUUUAUAUGCAUCGGUGUUGCAACUGGUGUAUCGCUUUUAUGCAUAGGGAUUUUUCUUUUCGCAGUGUCCACUGCUAUGGUUGUUACUUGUAUGAUGACUCUAGUGACACGUAUUGGGCCAGAAAAUCAAAAAGGCGUAAUUACAGGAACAUUUCGUUCUCUUGGUGCAUUAGCUCGCGCUUGUGGACCUAUCGUUGCGUCUUCAGCAUUUUGGUGUAUUGGAAGUGCCUCGACCUAUUUAACCGGUGCUCUACUUUUGACACUACCGCCGCUUAUUUUGCAUGGUAUGCGUGACUUAUAAUAUUUGACAUAGUCAAAUAUUAUGUUAUAAUUUGUACUAAACAAUUUCUACUUUUAUCAACAGUAUUUUAUAUAUAUAUUUUUAUAUAUUUUUGCCUUUGCUGCCUUUUAAAGAUAAUUAAUAUAUAGUAGCAUAUAAAAAAAAUGCUAUCAAAUAUUUAAUGCAUAUUAUACUUACUAUAGAGAUUGUAUUUAUACUUUG